CUGCUGUUGCCUGUCCUGGCUGGGCUGCCGGUGCUUUCCAAGAGGGUCAGCCGUGGUCCUUGUCUCCGCAGCAAUGUUUCAGCCAGAAGAUACAGGGCGGGAUCCAGCGAUAGCUGAUCAGCUUCCCUGGAUUUCGCUGACGCCACAGGAAAGCUUUGCCUGAAGAUGGAAACACUGGAGUCGGAACUGACCUGCCCUAUCUGUCUGGAGCUGUUUGAAGACCCGCUGCUGCUGCCUUGCGCUCACAGCCUCUGCUUCAACUGCGCGCACCGCAUCUUGGUCUCCCACUGCGCCACCAACGAGCCAGUGGAGUCUAUCACCGCCUUCCAGUGCCCGACCUGCCGCUAUGUCAUCACCCUCAGCCAACGCGGUCUAGACGGGCUCAAGCGCAACGUCACCCUGCAGAACAUCAUCGACAGGUUUCAGAAAGCCUCCGUCAGUGGGCCCAAUUCUCCCAGCGAGACCCGCCGGGAGCGGGCGUUUGAUAGCAACAGCAUGUCGUCCUGCGAGAAGGUCCUCUGCCAGUUCUGUGACCAGGACCCUGCUCAGGAGGCGGUGAAAACCUGCGUUACCUGCGAGGUGUCCUACUGUGAGGAAUGCCUGAAAGCCACUCACCCCAACAAGAAGCCGUUCACUGGCCACCGGCUCAUCGAGCCCAUCCCAGACUCUCACAUCAGAGGAUUAAUGUGCUUGGAGCAUGAGGAUGAGAAAGUUAACAUGUACUGCGUGACUGACGACCAGUUAAUCUGUGCCUUGUGUAAACUGGUUGGGAGACACCGUGACCAUCAGGUGGCAGCUUUAAGUGAGCGCUAUGACAAGCUAAAGCAAAAUUUGGAGAGUAAUCUCACCAACCUUAUUAAGAGGAAUACUGAACUGGAAACUCUUUUGGCGAAACUCAUUCAGACCUGUCAACAUGUAGAAGUAAAUGCAUCCCGCCAAGAAACCAAGCUGAUGGAAGAAUGUGACCAGCUCAUUGAAAUAAUCCAGCAAAGAAGACAAAUAAUUGGAACCAAAAUCAAGGAAGGAAAGGUGGUGAGGUUGAGAAAACUGGCUCAGCAGAUCGCGAACUGCAAACAGUGCAUUGAACGCUCAACAUCCCUCAUUUCUCAGGCUGAGCAAUCGCUGAAGGAGAACGAUCACGCUCGCUUCCUGCAAACUGCUAAAAAUAUCACUGAAAGGGUUUCCAUGGCAACUGCAUCCUCCCAGGUUCUAAUUCCUGAAAUUAACCUCAACGAUACUUUUGAUACUUUCGCACUCGAUUUUACCAGAGAGAAGAAACUGUUGGAAUGCCUUGAUUACCUUACAGCUCCAAACCCACCUACCAUUCGAGAAGAGCUCUGUACUGCUUCAUAUGAUACCAUUACUGUCCAUUGGACAUCAGAUGAUGAGUUCAGUGUGGUCUCUUAUGAGCUGCAAUAUACCAUCUUCACUGGACAAGCUAAUGUUGUUAGUCUAUGCAACUCAGCCGACAGCUGGAUGAUUGUUCCCAAUAUCAAACAAAACCACUACACAGUGCAUGGGUUACAGAGUGGCACUAAGUACAUCUUCAUUGUUAAGGCCAUUAAUCAGGCAGGCAGCAGAAGCAGCGAGCCUGGCAAGCUAAAGACAAACAGUCAGCCAUUCAAACUGGACCCCAAAUCUGCUCACAGAAAAUUGAAAGUAUCUCAUGAUAACUUGACAGUGGAACGUGACGAAACAUCCUCCAAAAAGAGCCACACACCAGAGCGAUUCACAAGCCAAGGGAGCUAUGGAGUGGCUGGCAACGUGUUCAUUGACAGUGGGCGGCAUUAUUGGGAAGUGGUUAUAAGUGGGAGCACGUGGUAUGCCAUCGGUAUUUCCUACAAGUCGGCACCAAAGCAUGAGUGGAUCGGUAAAAAUUCUGCCUCCUGGGUUCUUUGCCGCUGCAACAACACAUGGGUAGUGCGUCACAACAGCAAAGAGAUGCCCAUCGAGCCAGCGCCUCACCUCCGACGGGUUGGGAUUUUACUAGACUAUGACAACGGCUCCCUCGCUUUUUACGAUGCUUUGAACUCCCUACACCUUUACACUUUUGACAUUACGUUUGGGCAGCCCGUGUGUCCCACAUUCACCGUGUGGAAUAAGUGUUUGACCAUUAUUACUGGCUUGCCUAUCCCUGACCACCUAGACUCCUCUGAGCAGUUGGCAUGACUGCUGAAAGCCAAAAGGUAGGAUGAUGCGUCUUCCCAGGCAGCCAAGUGGCUGCCCACAGGAGCUUGCCUGAAGCUGGCGGACCGCAUGACAUCCUGGCUGUCACUGCCAAAUCUGGCUGGAACUGGAAAGGGGAGAAUACCUCUUUACUCUGUACUUUGUAUGGAACGACAAGGAGUGGCUCUAUUAAUAUCUUAGAACUUUCUUUUGCAGUUGGUUUUGGUUUUUGGUUUUGUAUUUAGUCUCUUACUGGAAGAUUUCUAAAUUAUUUAUAAAAAAAAAAAAAAACAAAAGAAAAAAGAGAGAGAGAGAAGAAAAGCCUGGUUUGGACACCUUGAAGAUGACUUAUUUGUUUUGCACAUUGAUGGCCCUAUUGGUUGAAGUUUCAUCAGUCCUUUACAGCAUUUUAUUUUACAGUGGAUAAAAGCAGGAAAUUGGAAGGAUGAAAACUGUGCAGUGGACAAGUCAGUAUACUGCAGGUUUUGCCCAUGCCAAUACUAGUGCUCCCAUUGCCAGUCUUAUUGAGUGUGAGAUCUCCUAAUUUCUGCUUUGCACAUGGGAGUGUGCAGACCAAAAAGAGGAAAAAGAAACAUGUGAGGAAGUGGAGCUAGCCAACACAGCAAAAGAAGAAAGUUUCAUUUACUUCUGUUCACAGGGCAAUGCUCUCUCUGUUCAUAAAAAACAUGUGGAAUAUCUCCUAGAAAUGUGAGUGGAUAAAUCAUCUGGUGAUUUAUUUUAUUGAUGGCAACAUUCCCAUCUACCAGUGCUUCGUUUUCAUCUUUGGGAAACAUUGUAGAAUCACUGAGGAUGUGAAAGACUGAUACCAUCUAUGAGAAUCAGUAACACUGCAGUAGAGCAGCCAAUCCAAGGUCUGACUGUAGACUAAUUUGAUAAAGCACAGCAUCACUUAAGGAUUGAUUGUAAUAGAUGUCACGGUUCUGGUAGUAGACAUGUGAAUGCUUAUUGCUGAUUUUACAAGGUUCAACAUAGCAAGCCCAGCCAACAGCUUGGAAGUGAGACAUGCACCACUUUACCAUUGAUUUUAAAUUAAAUACAAAUGUUUCAUUGUCAUACACUCUGUAGUCUCUAUAACAAAGCAAGGAAAUCUGUUUUACAUGUGCUGUAUGGAGAAAUGCUGCAGCUGGAUUUUGCUUGGUUAUCAUUGUCCUGGGUUGUUUGGAAAAGCUCUCUUUGUGAAUGAGGAGUAAAUAACAAGUUUUCUGCAGCAGUAGAAAUCUGCACAGGUGGUCACUACAUUCAUCACAGUGCUGGUAGGUGAACUUCAGUGAAGGCAAUAGAGGUUGUGCCUACUUUAUCUCAAAGCUCAAUCAAGUGCAUUUUUUUCUCUCUUCUCCUUCUGCAGAAUAGAAGCCCUUUGUAAUUAUUACAUUGUUUAUGUAUAAAUGAUAAUUCUGGGAGAUGUUUGAGGCAUAUGACAAUUUUAUCCUACCCUGGUUUGUUGUUACUAUGCAAGUGGUGAAAAUCUGCCUGUGUAGAAAAAGGAGAAAUUGAAUAUCGGCUUUAGGAAAAGAUUUGCUCACUAAUUUAUAAGCAUGCUUUAGGUGUCUUUUUAAAAGGAUGCCUUAAUGCACUUUGUUCAUUAAUGGGUCCAAAAUGAAAUGGCCCCAAGCUCAGCUUCAGAUUUUUUAAACACUGACUCUCCAGCUACAAAGCUGUGUACUGCAGUUUGCCAUAUGAUGAUGUGGAAAACUUAGGAGCAAGAUGAGGAACACACAAAUGUCUAUUUCAUUUUUUCCUUUCUAUAAUAGAAAAUAAAUGCCUCUCUGUGUCGCUUUGAUUUCCCUUUACAUGGCCUGCUAACUGCUGAAUUAAAUAGAAAAGUCUGGAGAUAGGCAAGCCAGAAGGGAGAAAAACAGUAUGUUUGCUGGUACCUUGACUUUCAGCUUGGGCAGCAUCCCAUGGUUCACAGUAGGAGACACUGAUCUUUCCAGAGUUGACAUAAAUAAGGGAAAAUGUGUCCAUACAGCAAACUGCAGUGCUUAUUAUAGCAUCUUUAAUAAUAAAGACAUAUAUACCCUCAAAAAUUAAAAAGUAAAUAGAUCAGGAAACUUUACAUUUCGUAAUUGAGCACAGCGUUACCGAUACACUCUGGUGUUCAUUGUCCAGAUGAAUUGUCCUGAGGUGGUUGAGAGAUGUCUGAGAUGGCAUGUAUAAUGAGUUAACAGAUGAUGACUGAUGCAAAGCAGUGAUAAAAAGGUGCAGGAGAAAAGGAGUUUUAAUCUAGGAUUAUUGCCAAGUUUCUGCCUAAAAGGAAACUACAUAUAGAAAAGGUACAUAUUACCAAAGUACAUAUAGAAAAGUUGUGUUUCUUCUCUUUUUCCUGAAAUAUUAAAUUUCCAGAAAUAUUAAAUCUAGAAGCUGGUUUCAGCAGUGCACAAACUCAAAACACUGUUCAGUGUUUGGCCAUACAAUGUUGGCAGAGCUUUAAGCAGAUAGAACUAAUAUCAUGAAUUUGGAAAGGUCCCAAAUGAUCUCACUCAUUUUCCUUGUAAAGACAGACCAUAAGGCUAAAGACGGAUCAUGUUUUUGGCCAAUGGAAAAAGAAUACUCUAUUAUCUACUGGCCUUGCUGUAUAAUUUUUUAUUUUAACACAGAAUACUUCAUUUGGAACUAAACCACGUUUCUGCAGUGGUCUAUUAAUUCAAUCAGUACUCUUUGUGCAUAUAUGUUUGUGUAUAUAUGUACACACAUGUAUGGGUACACACACACACCAGUAUAUGCAUAAAUGUAGUGUGUUAUUUGUGCAUAUGCAUACAUACAUAUACACACACACAAACUGACAGCAAUUAGUCAGGUGUUCUUUUUUUGCUUGUUUCUUGAACAAUUUCAUAUUCUGUAUGACUAAGACGAAACAAGUUUGCUAUGAAUGGUAUUCUUCUGGAUGUUUUUUUAAUGAACAAAGUCUGUUUAUUUUACAAUACUUGAUUCAAUGCCUGAUUAAUCAAUAAAAACAUCCUUUUGAAAAUGUAGCUCCUGUGGUCUGUGGCAUUUUGCAUGGUCCAUAAUAGUCAGCUGAAAUCCUCAGUGUAAAAAUAUAACGUGGUACUUUAAUGUAGCAUGCAGCCUUAGAUGAGGGGUUAUCCCCGACUUUUAAAAGUUUUGUGACUAGGACUGAGGUGGCAUUGUGUCAUGCCACGUUUAACAAAGGCAGAUUUUUGAGGAACGGUCUGCUGAGGUGCAAGGAAUAAAUGUAGUAGAUAAAGCCUGUGUUGGUAUAAUGAUCAUUUCAAAAGUGUCUUUAAAACCCAAGUUCAGCAGAUUGAAAGCAAAUUAUAGUGCAAUCUUUUUGAAGACAGUAAUAUCAUCUUAGAAUAGCCAGAGCAUGAAGUGUGGGGAACUUUUUUCUCUUUGAGGCCAGGUAAGAUUUUCCACGUGUUAGGCUCCCAUGUACUAAUGCAUGUCUAAUGGGGACAAAAAAAAUCAUUCAGGAAUGGGCUGUAUGUCAUAAAUCAUUUAGUAGAUUCCUCACUGUAGAUUCUUGUUGGCUUUCAGAGAGUAACAAAGUUACUGCAUUUUCUGAUAUGAGUUUCUUCUUAGUCAGUUUUCGGUGUCUCAUUUCUCAUUUGCUCAGCAGAAACUCCUACUGAGCUGUGGGUCCCAAGGGUAGGAAGUGUAAAAACCUCUCAGGUGAAAAGCUGAAAAUCUGCAAGUAUAGGUGAAAACACAUACACAUUCUUAAUUAUGUUAACAAUAGUAGGUCAUUAAACAGCAGUGUGCAUCAUCUCUUUUAAUCUUGUAUCUUAGUUGCAAAGACUAUAUUCUUUCAGUGUGAGAAGUCAAACAACAGGACAAUGUUAACAGCACAAAUAAAGUAUCAUCUCUUUAACCAGUUCAUUUUGAGAUGGUCGAGAAGAACUAUUGGCUGUGGUAGAUUUUAUUAAACUUUUAUUUGUCAUCAAACACAGUGGAAGUAUUUCCUCCUUAAUUAUUCUCAUAAAGCAGAUGUCUUGUAGCUCCCAGAUUUUGCUUUUAGUUACAGUAACACAGAUUUCAGAUAAGGCCUUGCACCAAAACAAGGUGAGAAUUGCUAAGUGUCUCUUACCCGUAUCCCUGAGACUGUUUUGGUUGGAAACACUGUCUUCUUUUCUGGUUUAGAAGUGAAGAGGUGUUGGAUCUACACAGAAAGUACACACUGGGCCCUCUCAGUAACUGGCCAGGGCACAUCGGGCCUGAAGGUCUUUGAUGGGGCAGCUUUGGGAAGCCAGUGAUAAACAAAAAACAUUCACAGGUUGCUUAUGUAGUGAUGCAUUGAUACCAUCUUUAGUGUCUUUUUACAUACUGAUCUUUUUGAUAGUGGAAGAGUAUAUUAAGAUAUAGGAAUGAAAAAUGUGAUAUUUUCCUGUGUUACUGAGUUGAUUGCCUAUUUAGUAGUAGAUUGCUUUCAACCGUGAUUUUUGUCUUCUCCAUGUGGAGAAAAGUCCUGGCCACUCCCAGGUGUUGAUGGUGAGUGUUCUAGAUUAUGCUGAGCUGUUUGUUUUUAUUGUGGUUUCUGAAGUGAAAGAAACUCUCUUGACAUUUUAACUUUUGAUGUAGCACUUGAUUUUCAUGUUAAAAAAUUGAGAGACUAAAUAGCAGUGACAUUAACAGUGCUUCAAUGUGGUUGAAACUCCUGGUUUGGACUGUGAGGCUUAAGGCAUCUGUGUACAUAAAUCUCUGUGCCAGAAUAGACUGAUUUGUCAUUCAUGUGGGAGUUGAACAGUACAGGUGCAAGUGUUUUCUCCUGAGGUAGGCUUUUGCAUUAACUCCAUUAACUCUUGGAGUGGAAUAUUCUGUUUCUUUAAUUUUUUUUAAUUGGUUUUUUGAUUCAAGUGCAAACCGUGUUAAUGAGACUUUAAGUAAUAUAAUUUUUCAUCAUGUUGCUUAUUUUAACAAGGCCCUACUGUGUCACAUGUCACUGGCAACUCACUGAACACUUCAGCUGCAACCAUAAACUUUGCAAUACCACCUCCUAUAUGUGGACUGAUGUUUGUACUUAACCAGGUGGGCUUCAUCUUGCUUUGAGUAAGGAAUAAUAGCACAAAUGGUGAUACCUGUUCAAGGUGAGAGGUUCAUCUAUUUCACAAAGAUAAUACAACAAAGAUAUGGGCUUGAAUGCCAUCAGCAUUGAGGCAGUUUGGGUUUAGAAGCAUGACAGUGUAUUAGGAAAGCAUGAAGUCUUCUACUACAGUGUGAUCAACAGUGUGAUUAUUACUGCUACUGGAUAGAGGGAUGGAGGCAGCAGAAAAAGGAGUUCUGGAGCAGAGCUGAGACACAUCAUUCAGAGUGACAGCUGGAAACUUGCCACCGCCACCUGUCCUAGUGCCAUGCUGCAGCUCUGCUAAGCAAGUCUGCACCUAUUCUUCCUUUUGUUUCUGCUCAGCCCUAAUCUACAUUCCAGAAUGACAGGAAAAAAAAAUAUUGCAUUUAUAUAUUAGACAUACGAACCUGAAUAGAAACAGCAGGGCAGGGAUGACAGCCCCAAGCCUUGAUUCUGCUGUAUUUACACAGAUUUUUACAUCUGUUGACUUCAAAGGAGAUAGUCCUGAUUUACAUACGAGUAGGUACAAGCCCAUGAAUCUUUAGUUUCCAAAGGGUCAAACAUAAGUGGAGAUGGAGCCCUCGUGUGAACUGCUCAGCAUUCCUAUUAAAUCAUGUCUAUGGAGAAAGCACGUUAUGUGCUAGCAAAACUGCAGUUUCUCAUGAGCUGUUUCCCAAGGCCAGCACAGGUGUGUUUUAGAAUGUAUGAUUCUUUAAAAAUGUAUGGUUCAAUAACUUUCUUUUUGGGUGAAUUGUUUGGGCAAUGCUUUGCUGUUUCCUCCAAGCAAGGUGGGAGCAAUUCUCUUAAUAGGUGCUGUGUUACUUUUAUAAAAAUCAUGAGAAUGACAGAUGCAUAAGUUGUGUAUGAUAUAAUGCUGCAGCAUAAGACUAUUGUUCUUAGACUUCCAUUAAAAAAUGGAUAAUUACUAAAGAAGUGUAUUUCCUCUAACUGUUUGUCCUAAUUUGUAUAAUUAUUUGAAUGUAUGGAGAUGUUUCCUUUCAAGGAAUAUCACUUUUUAAUACACACAUAGUAAUUAGGAGUAUUCCUGAAAAUCUGUAAGUUCAUAUAAUAGCUUGUAAUCAAGCCUUUGAAAGACAGCAAGUGGAGACUUUGUGUUUUGCUUAACAUUAGUCACUGAACCGGAAAAAAAAAAGGUAUAGAUGUUCAGAUCAUGGAAACUUUUAAAAACUGACAGCCAGCUGCUACACAAAUGGAUGGGAAAGUUUUCAAUAGCAAUUUUUUAUUUCUCCCUCAUUUUUGUGUUCUAUGGAAAACAAACUAUUCCACCUGAAAAUGCUUUUCUGUUACGUUUCCAUUUCUUCACCUUUCUUUUCCACUUUCAGUCUCAUUUUCAGAUUUUAAAUAUUAGAGUAGCAAAAAGUAUCUGUUUUUAAAAGUUUGGAUUAUUUUUUAUUUCCUUGAAAAGUACCUUUUCGGAGGACUUACAGAAAACUAAAUGAAACAUGAAAAUACUAACUCAAUAUGGCAGCUUGAAAGCAGAGAUUAUUUUUGAAGUAGAAGGAAGUGGAGAUAAGUCUGUCACUCAUCUACAGUUACUGAAUUAUUUGGUUUCAUUAUUCUGGGCUUAAUAGUAUUGCUUUCUAAUUAAAACAGUGUUACGAGGUCUAGUUAAGCAGCACAAGCAGAGGAAUAGAUUAUUUUAGGAUAACCUUGAUAUAAAUUCCUUUUAAUAUCAUUAUAUAUGUUCAACCUCAUUAACAUCAGCUCAGAGUUGGUUUGGUUUGUGGUUUGUUUUUUGGGUUUUUUUUUAAUGAAUAUUAUGUGUCGUCUCUAGCCUAGAAGUAUGUGUUUCUUUUGAGAAACAUAGGGCCUAAUUCUUUCCUUGUGGAACUGGGAAAUAGUCUUGGUUUGUGCAUAUAUAAUGGCCAGUACAAAAUAGCACAGCGGCUGAAGUAAUUGAAAACCAAGACUCUUUUCUGUAAAAUUAAUACUUGAUAUUGUUUCUCUUCUCACAAUUGGGUCAUAGCAUUCCUACAUGGAAGUAGGAACACAGGAAAUGUUCACACAAUAUGAAGAGUUAUUGAAAAAGUGCCCUGAGUUAUACCACAAAUUCUUACAAAUGCAAGACCAACUGAGGAAAUUAAUUUAAAUUUUUGAAUGAUAUACACUAGAAGAACAACAGGGGAAAAAGUUAUUUAUUCGCAAUUAAUAAUUCAAACAACUGUGCCCAAACUAUCCUUUUUUAGAAUACUGAUGCUGCCUUUCUGCAUCCCUCCAUGAAGAGGAUGAAACAGGAACACUUUGUCUUUCUGUUCUUAUGAACUCAAUGCUCCAUAUUGGUGUUACUUGGAAAUCUCUCAGGAUUAAUAAAUUUAGUAGGAACAAGUAUAGAGUUCUCACCACUUUUGGAGCCUGAAUAAGCCAUUAACUCAUUUCAAGGCUGAAUUACCAUCAAGUUCUGAGUGCUUUCAUUUUUUUUUGAACUCUGAAAGAAGAAACAUGUAGCAUUAAAAAAAAAAGUGACCAAUUUUAUGUAGAUGUGGGAAUAGACGUCACUCUGUCCAGCUACAAUGCUGCUAUUCAGUACAGGGACUUGGAAAUAGUUUUAUGAAUUUGGUAUAAAGCACCUGCACUUCUACUGGUUCUUGUGCUCACAGAAGUGUUGUAGCCUUAUAUCCUGACAACCUUUUAUCUCUUUGUGGAAUUCAAAAGCUCUGCAAAACAUGCUGGCAGAAGGGGGCGGUGGUUGAUGUGUGUGGGUACAAUUUUCCCUAAAAGUGCUCCCACUGGCCCAUUUUUUCCCGCAUCCCCAAAAGUAGAAUGAGGAGCAAGCCAGCUCCCAAAGCUCUUCAGCUCUACUUUUUCACUGACCUUUCUCAUAGUAGGAUCAGUGAGGCCACAGGCUGGCCCUUGGCUCCACAUCUUGUAUGGCAACAGAACUAUGCUGUGAAGCUUUAAGCGGGGUCCUCUGGCUGAGGAACCUGACCCCACAGAAAGAGAGGUUAAACUAGCUCCACUAGGAAGGUCUAGACAGUUCUCCAAAAGCUUCUUGAGGUUUUGACAUAGUCGGGAAAUACAAGGGAAAUUUGCUGCAAGGAUAGGGUGUGAAAAUGAGAUCUCCUGAAGACAUGUCCAAAAAGCUCAGAGAGAAAUUUAAGUAGCAUUUCUCUUCAUGGGAAGAUCUACAUAAGAAGACUGGGAUACAUUUUUCCAUGUUUCCAUGAAGGCAUGGAAAGCUGCUUCCUUAUCCUUCAGAUCUGGUAGUCUUAUGUGCAGGCAGGCCUCACAGUUAAUUUUGAAAGAUAGAAAAUCAAUGACCCAUAUUUUUCUCCCUACUAUCCUAAAAGUUUGACAAGUGGGAAGAAAAAAUUCUCAAAUUCCACUGCAUGAAGGCUCAUAUCACUGGUCUUCAAGGACAAAACGAAGACAAUUGCAAAAAGACUGACAUUUCUAACAUAUUUUUAAUCAAAGUAAGAAAAAUAAAGUAGGAAGUUUAUCGUGAAGGUAACUCUGAUAAUGAAAGAUCGAAAUAGAAGUUGAAGACGAAAUUAAAUAACUGGGGAACGCACCUAGAAAGGUAGAACUGGAAAGGAUUGCUACCAUGGUGCAGUUACUAAAAGUCCAUAUUGGUAUAAGGAUAAAUGCAGUCAGCCUGUUUAUGGACAGUUAGAUCUAUAGAAAUUAAGAAGAUUACUUCUCAGGACAUAAAGAGGAAAAAAGGAGAUGAAGCUUUGUGGGUGAAACAAAUCACACUUCAAUCUAUAUGCAUAAAUGUUACUUAACUAGGCCUAAGUGUAUUUUCUAGACAUCUUUUAUAAUUAAUGGGAAGCAAAUAACAUCUCAAAUAUUCACCCCAGAUAUUCUAGCAAGAUUCAUGACAGAUCUUUCACCAUUGGUCAUACCAGGACUCACAGGAAGCUAGCACGUAUUAGAUACCUGACUUUUAGAUAGCUAAAGGCAGAUCAAGUGACUAUUACUCUAUAUAUUUAGCAGAUGUGUUAUCAACAUUUUUAUAGUGGUGAUUAUACAGUAAAUCCAUUUCUCUGGAUAUAAUAUAGAAAUUUAUAGACAGAUUCUUACUUAAAAUCCUUGCUGUGCUGAAUUAAGCAGACAAAUUUUUAUUGACCUCUAUGAAGCCCAGAUUUUGCCUCUUAGAUAUGAAGAAGGUAAAAUAUUGUAAGUCAAAGUUAUACUGAAUGUAGACAUCUUCCCUAACCAAAGACUGGUCUAGCCACUGAGCCCUUGCUUUUUCAAAGCGCGAUAUUUAUAAUAAUGCUUCAGUUAAAUGGCCAUCCAGGCAAAGCCAAUGAAUGAAAACGCAUCAGAUCUCCUCUGGCAUUUCCUGAAUUUAACGUGUAGCUGUAAGUAUCAAAACUAGAAUUGCUGGACACUGAUUGACAUAGCUGAAUCAUUCAUUCCUCACAAUAGUAAUCAUAUAUCAGUUUGAUAGACCAAGUACAAGUAUUAAACUCACAGUGCCUAUGCUAAAUGAGUCUUGUUUAUGGAAUCAAGAUCUCCUCAACAUAAUUCUCUUCUAUUGGAAAAGCAGACGGCAGUUAUAACUUGAAAGGAAUGUGUAAGAGAUAGCUGAGAAGUGUUGGCUUUUUAAGUUGAAUGCUGUGGUCAAAAGUACUUAUUUUACUAGGUUAUUUAUUUCCAUUUUCUGCAAAGGAAACAGGACUGGUUCUCUGAAGAGUAACUAAGAGUCUUUUUGAUAUUCAUGGCAGAUUGUUUUGAAUGGCUACCAUCCAAAAAAUCUUAACAGAGAGAGGAAAAUAUUCUGCGGAUGGACAUAAAUAUUCCUUUUUCCAAGGUUUUAUCUUAGACUUGCCUCUCUGCUAUAGGUUACUUUCAGAGGUUUCUUUUUAUCUAUUUCUAAACAACAUGAGUAUUUAUCUAAUGAUAAUACCUCACCACAGGGUGAGGUAUGAAUCAUCCUUCAGGUUCCUGGAGUACACAAUUGAAAAAAACCCUUCACAUGCAAAGUAUUGUUAACUGCUUGUUCUUUGUAAAGGGGAAGGAAAUUAUUCAGGCUGGAGAAAUGUUACACUGAAGACUGUUGAUGCUCUUCAGGAUAACAGAAAAAGAGUUGCUCUAAUAAAAGGCAAGAGUUUCUGCAGGAGGCACUUUCUAAUGCAGAAAGGACCAGCACUCUGGGAAAGGUAACUGAGGAAGACUGAGAGAAAAUCACACAGACUAGGAAAAUAUUUUGGAAAAGGCUUGGCAAAGAGAGUUAUUGGAUUCAAGUCACAGUGAAAAGUGGAAUAUGGACAGGACUGGGAUAGUCUGGUGUGCUUUGGAGGCACCAGUCUGAAGAUUUCUGUUUGCACACAGUAUGGGAAUAACUUGUGAAAUUGCACUGGCCCAUCUUACUUAGGAGACUCAAAAGUCAAAAGCAGCAGCAGAUAAUAAAGGUAUUGAAAUACAAGUCAAGAAAGAGGGAUUGGGAACAUAUUCUUUUCUAUUCAUUAAAAGGAAUUUUUAUCCAACAGAAGGAAACAACAUAACAUGAAAAGCUUUUGUCAAAUGACAAUCUUUUUCCUUACCUUUGUGUUCUGUAACAUCAAUGAUUAUUGAAAUGGAGGCAGCUUCUAAAGUGUAACCCAUUUUCAUGAGUCAUGGCAACUUGCUUCUUUACUUUUGUUAAUUUUCAUUAUUUGAACAAAAGUUCCCUUCAUUUCUGCUGCCUAAAACUUAGUCAACCUGCAAUCCAGAUUCACAGAUUUCCCAAUCCAUGCCAUUGUAGACUUAAUUCUAUCUCCUUAUAAACACUGGGCUCUUCCAAUAGCACAGUGGGAAUAAAGACACUUUUUUCUAGCUGUGGUUGACCCUACUUUAGAUUUUUGGUAAGUGAUGUAAUUAGGUAGACACUUGAGUCCCUGAGGCUUCUAAGUUUGGAAGCCUGAUGGGUUGCUGGGGCAGAAGUAGGGCUGAUUUGUCUUUUUUUUAUCAGGCACUGAUUGAGUGGCUAAAAGCAAUGGUUGAUGGAUUUGGGAUGAAUUGCUGGAAUGGAAUGUGUCUGAAGGUUGGUGAGGAUGUUUGAUGCUGUAUGAUGAGGAAGUUUUGCCAGGCAUUGGUGAGGUGUCACUAUCAAGGAUGUUAAUGAAAUGUAACUACAGCCACUGUAAUGCAGAAGGAUUUGGACAAAAUCUUUGUAAGGUUAUUGUGCUCCAAACGGUGUUAAAAUAUGAAAUUUAUGUAAAUGUAAAUGAACUGAUGUUUAGUUAUUGGAAUAAGAUACUGCAGAUGUAUUGUGGGGUAUAUAUAAAUGAAUGUGUAAUCUAGAUGAUUUGGGUUAUAAAAGAUGGUGCUUUGACCAUCUGUUGGUGAUUUUGUUUUACCAGGCUAAGGAAAUUGUGGCUAUUAAAAGAAAUAACAAUUUAUUAGCAAGUUUUGGAUUGUAUGAAUGUGUUUUGAUUUUUGUA